UCAACCCGAAACCAACAUGCCAGCAGAAGCCACCGUGAAAGCGCCCAAGAAGGGCUCCAAGAAAGCCGUGACUAAGACCGCCGCAAAGGGCGGCAAGAAGAGGAGAAAGAGCAGGAAGGAGAGCUACGCCAUCUACGUUUACAAGGUGCUGAAGCAGGUCCACCCCGACACCGGCAUCUCCUCCAAGGCCAUGGGCAUCAUGAACUCGUUUGUGAGCGACAUCUUUGAGCGCAUCGCCGGUGAGGCCUCCCGUCUGGCUCACUACAACAAGCGCUCCACCAUCACUUCCCGGGAGAUCCAGACCGCCGUGAGGCUGCUGCUGCCCGGGGAGCUGGCCAAGCACGCCGUGUCUGAGGGCACCAAGGCCGUCACCAAGUACACCAGCUCCAAGUAAACAUCCCGCUGCUAUAAUCCACUAAACCAACGGCUCUUUUAAGAGCCACACACUCCUUCUUAAAGAGCGAAGUUUCACAGUCAUGUGUUUGGAUACAAACUAUCAGGAACGAUUUCAGAUAUCACUUUUUACAUUAGUUUUUUUUUUUAUUCUAUACAUUGUUUUUGGCCAACAUUUGUGCUAUUAUGCAAUGUGUAUCUUACCUUUCUUAUUGUAAUUGUGUGUGUAUUUUUUUUUUUCUAUAACUGGUACCUGUCCUUAUUACACCGUUGGUCAGAGGGAUGUAUUUCCUCUAGGGGCCUACAUAUCUACCACUUAGAUGGGUUUUUAUAAUUAUAAUCAAAAGUGACAUUGUUUUACAUUAGAUUUCUACAGUCUGUUUUUAUCUUAGAUUUGCACUAUUUAGAAUUUUUAUAAUAAAUACUAAGUAACUUUCUUCAUAAUUGUCUUUGAUGUAUUCAUUACUAUCUUCAUACUUGUACCUGCCUUGUUUCACUGGGUCAGAGAGAAUUAUUUAAAUUAUCUGGCACGUAUUGCAGAAUUGACAUUAAAGUUGGCCUGCUAAUAAAGAAAAGCCCCUUGUAAACUCUACAAAUGUACUACUUAAAAUUGGGUAUUUAUAAUGGGCAAUGUUACUUGGUCUGUAUCAUUGCUUUGUGUCUUAGCCUCACUUUGUUCUAUUACUGGUAGACUUUACAUUUGGGCUACUAUAGUGCUUUUACUCUAUAUGUGAACAGGUACACCAGCUCAAAGUAAACCUGCUGUCAGACCAACAACACGGCUCUUUUAAAAAGCAUUUUAUUAACAUUUUAUUCUAAGAGAAAAUUUUCGUUCAAUCAUUGCUGUUUAUUUUGUAACAUCCAUGAAUAUUGUCACUUGUGAAAGUCUCUUAAAAUCUCCACCAUCAUGGUCACUAUUACUGUCAUUGUUAUUGCUUGGUGCCUUACAGUUGUAUUACUACAUGGACUUUACAUUAAGCUACCAUGCUAUUAUUCUACAGCAAAGUACACAAGCUCCAGGUAAACCAUCCUGCUCUUCUUUUAAGAGCCACACUUCUAAGAGAGCAUAGUUUCAUUCAAUCAUGCCAUUUUUUAAGCUAUCCAUGAAUGUUGUCACCUGUUUUUUGAUGUAGUAAAAGUCCCUUAAUAUCAAAUCUCAAAUGUACUACUUAAAAUUGGGUUUUUAUAAUGGGCAAUGUUACUUGGUCUGUAUCAAUGCUUUGUGUCUUAGCCUGACUUUGUUCUAUUACCACAUUUCUUCUAAGAGAGCAUAGUUUCAUUCAAUCAUGUUGAUAUAACAUAUAUAUAUAAGAAACAAGGCCAUUGUAAUCUCCAUAAUGUGCAAUACUUAAUAUUGUGUAUUUAUUAAUAUAAUGGGCAUUGUUUGGUCUAUAGCAUUGCUCAUGUGUCAUACUUUGUUCUGUAACUUCUUGUAGACUUUACAUUUAGGCUACUAUUUUGUUUUUACUCUAUAGCUGUGACCAGCUCGCCGUGUCCGAGGGCACCAAGGCCGUCACCAAGUACACCAGCUCCAAGUAAACAUCCCGCUGCUGUAAUCCACUAAACCAACGGCUUUUUUAAGAGCCAC